UCUUGCGCAAACUCAGUGAGUGGUGACUGGUUACUGUAUUCCCUCCUCAUUUCAGAGUAAGAUGGUGGUAAGAAUCUGUUACCUAAAUAAACAGUAAAACUGAGUAGGAAAACAUCUAAUCAGUUUUGAACAUCUGAGCUGUGGAAUAGUGCUCAUUCCAAACUAUCAGAUAGGCACAUCUGAUCAGUUGAAAGGGAGAAUCCCCCGCCUAAACUAGAGUGAAUAUCCAUUGGAGUGGAAUCCCUGCAAUACAGGACCAGCUAGUAGAACCCUUCGGCCGACUUGCCAGAGACUCUCCUGAACUUGCCGUACGAUAGGAUGUCCCGCAGUCCCGAGCUGAAAGAAGACCCCAUGGAGUGCCCACUGUGCAUGGAACCGCUGGAGAUUGACGAUGUCAACUUCUUCCCCUGCACCUGCGGCUACCAGAUCUGCCGCUUCUGCUGGCACCGCAUACGCACAGAUGAGAACGGCCUCUGCCCUGCUUGCAGAAAGCCUUACCCAGAGGAUCCGGCAGUAUACAAACCGCUGUCACAAGAGGAGAUCCAGAGGAUAAAGAACGAGAAGAAGCAGAAGCAGAACGAAAAGAAGCAGAAGGUGACGGAGAACCGCAAGCACCUGGCCAGUGUCCGUGUGGUGCAGCGGAACCUCGUAUUCGUCGUGGGACUUUCUCAAAGACUUGCGGAUGCCGAGGUUCUAAAGCGCCCAGAAUAUUUCGGAAAGUUCGGCAAAAUCCAUAAAGUGGUCAUCAAUAACAGCACAUCAUAUGCAGGUUCACAGGGUCCUAGUGCCAGUGCCUAUGUAACUUACAUUCGUUCAGAGGACGCCCUUAGAGCAAUACAGUGUGUGAACAAUGUCAUAGUGGAUGGUAGAACACUCAAGGCUUCUUUAGGUACAACAAAGUACUGCAGUUAUUUUCUCAAAAGCAUGCAGUGUCCUAAACCGGACUGCAUGUAUUUACACGAACUAGGGGAUGAAGCGGCUAGUUUUACAAAAGAAGAAAUGCAGGCUGGGAAACAUCAAGAGUAUGAACAAAAAUUACUCCAAGACCUUUACAAAUCGAACCCCAACUUUUUACAAACCUCAGCAUGUGGAGAGAAGUCGAAGAGCAAACCCAAUUCCACUCAGAGACCCAAUAGUACCAAUAAAGAAGGGUGGCCCUCAUUACAGAACUAUGGGAAAAUGGUUAACGGUUUAACCACAGAGCAUCGCAAGUCCCCUCCUCUUUUAGACUGCCUAACAGACUCAGACCACAUGACUCCAGAUGAACCAGACCUUGAACAGGGAACAGAACAGAACACAGGCCUUCCACCUUUCCCAUCAGCCUUAGAGCCUACCAGUCCAAUUGGCAAACAAUCAGAAUCCAUAAAUAUAGGAAAUGGGGAAACUAUAUCACAGACAUCCAGUAGCGAUUCCCCAUCUCCUCCACCUGGCCUUACUAAACCCAGCCUCGUUGUGCCCAUCAGCGUGGCCAAACUCACAGCGCGCUCACCCUUCGAGGGGGCGGCAGCAGAGUCUCAAUCUCUUUUCUCAGACAACAGCAAUUUCAGACAUCCCAACCCCAUCCCCAGCGGCCUGCCCCCCUUCUCCAGUUCACCACAGGGAGCCUCUGACUGGCCCAUGACUCCAGAACCACAGAGCCUUUUCACCUCAGACACUAUCCCAGUGUCGUCCUCUACUGAUUGGCAGGCGGCCUUCGGUUUUGGCUCUUCGGCCAAGCAACAGCAGCAGCAGGACGAUGACCUCGGCUUUGACCCAUUUGACAUCACACGGAAGGCCCUGGCCGACCUCAUAGAGAAAGAGCUGUCAGUCGAGGAGCAUUCCCCCCUCUCUCCCAAUCCCUCUUCCCACCAGAGGCGCCUUCCUCACCUCCAGCACAGAGGCCUCUAUAACUCCUUCAGCCUGCCCCAACACUCUACCUCUUCCUCCUCCUCUUCCUCCACCUCCAGUGUGAACCACAUCGGGGUGCCGAGGCGCCUUCCUCACCUCCAGCACAGAGGCCUCUAUAACUCCUUCAGCCUGCCCCAACACAUGGCCGCACGCCACCCCUGGAUGGGCCUCCCCACCCGCAAUAACCUCACACACUUGAACCACACGGCCUCAGCUACGCACAGCCAUUUCUUAGACCUGAGCAUGCCGGCCCAGCACCACAGCACCGGCCUUGGGGGGAUUCCUAUAUCAGAAAACAAUGGCUCUGUAGAAAGUAUAAAUGUGAAAGAGUGGCAGGACGGACUGCGAGCACUCCUACCAAAUAUCAACAUCAACUUCGGAGGCCUCCCGAACUCUACCUCUUCCUCCUCCUCUUCCUCCACCUCCAGUGUGAACCACAUCGGGGUGCCGGUAGGCUCGACUGGAGUCUCGCACAGCCUCAGCUGGGACAGUACGGCCAGUUGGAUGGAUCCCGCCAUCAUCACAGGUAUCCCAGCAUCUACAGGCAACAGUUUGGACUGUCUCCAGGAUGACAAUCCGCCACACUGGCUCAAGUCGCUGCAGGCACUCACAGAGAUGGACGGACCGCCCAGCUCCAGCGCACUCCCACAGCCCCCGCACACCGGCCUCCUGGACGCGGCGGCCCAACUCUCCUUACACAGAGCCGCCUGGGCCCCUUACCUCCCUCCUCCCACACUAACCCCAAGUCAGUUCCACUCCCCACCUCCAGGCUUUCAGACAGCCUUCAGACCCCCAGUGCAGACGGCCACAGACAUCCUACAGAGUGCCGGUAUUGACCGUCACUAAAGACAACCCUCUCUCAAUUUAACUGCAUCACAAAUAUGAAACCGCAAAUAUACCCCUUCCAUUAAUAACAUAACAUAAGCUCUUGUCUUUCUACCAUUUCGCUCUCCAUCCCUUUCCCAACAGAAUUUUUUUGUCUGUUGUCAGUUUUUUUUUUUAAGGCACACAUACAUCUCAGUAUGAUGAGCACCCUCAGUGCAGGGUAAUGAUUGAGACAGACACUGAGGGUCCUAACACAUAUAUACACACACACCUUCACAUAUGAUUCUGGGAAAAAUAAAAGUGUCUGACACUGAAAUGUGCAGAGGAAACCGUGAGCACUGAUGUGUACAUGUGACAAUGGCUAAAUGGAAUGUGCUUAAACGAAUAACAUGUCUGAUUUGCGUCACUCUAUCCAAGGUACAGACUGUAAUUUAAUACUGUGAAUCUUUACACUUCCUGUAAGUUAGGUCUCACCACCAUUUGAAGGAAAUGGAUUAUAAGAUAAAUCUAUGUAAUGCUCUUGGCUUCUUACACGUUUAAUGUUUACGUAGCCAGAGCUGAGAUGUUUGAGUGCAUUUGUAGAAUCCAAACCCUGGUCCUCAUUAGAAGGGACUCCAUUAAUCACAGAGUAGUACCUUCUCUAAUCUUAGGCUGGGAUCCAUUUUGGAUUCAAGGGUUUGCCUAAGCAUCUUUGGGCAAGCAUGGUGGUGUGAGACCUGACAUGCCACUACACAAUGUCUACAGUAACUUCAUUCCCAUAAAGGGAGGCGAAAAAGACCACUGUGGAAGUGUUUAUUGGCUUGCCUAUAGAAUAAGCCAUUCAUACAAGGUAUGAAUCAGGAAUCAAGUCUGGAACCUUUGGAAGGAUGG